AUGGCUCCCAACGGCAACGCCUUCGUCAUAAACCCCUCCGCUCCGGAGCCACCCACGCAGUACGCCCAUGCCCGCCUCGCCCCCGCCGGCUCCCACCGCACCAUCUACAUCUCGGGCAUCGCUUGCGUGCACCUUGCUACGGGUGAGUGGCCGGGCGCAAAAGACAACGGCGACGGCACAUACGAGCUUGACGUGCGGGUGCAGACUGCAGCGGUGCUGUCCAACAUUGACCUCAUCAUCCGUAAGGCAACAGGCGGCAAGGGCAGCGUCAAGAACCUGAUUGAUAGUGUUGUAUACGUGGUGGACAUGAAGGGGGACUACCAGGGCAUAAACGAGGAGUGA